CUCCCACAAGCUUGUUCGCCUCGUCGCACGCGCUCCCAACCCGUGCAUUCCGUGGGAAGAGAGAGGGGGGGGGUUGGUGAUACGUCUGCUGGCCGACAGGCGGCUUGUCCCUCCUUGUUGUCGUUGUCGCCCGAGAAGCCCAGCGAGGCCAACCGUUAUGCAUCGACUUGUGUCUGUCCGCCGCGCUUCAUUGCGCUUGGCGGACUGAUUGGCCACAUCGUGCACCCCAGGUUCUUCCUUGAUCCACAUAUGGGACUCGAGGCGAUAGCCCAGGGUAGAUCGACGGAUCCAGUAAUCGGCAUGGAUAAAAGGGUGCGUUGAGACUGACCCGGGUCUGCAUCCAUCUGGUAUCCACGAUGCUGGCUUUCGGCUUCCUCGCGCUCGCGCUGACCUUUGCGUCUGCCACGCCCGUCUUCGACACGCUCGUCCUGCACGAGCGCCGGGCGGCUGCUCCAGAGGGUUUCGUCGCGACGGGGUUGGCGCCAGCUGAGCAAACGCUCCAGCUGAAGCUCAACCUGGCGCAGAACAACCUCGCAGGGCUGGAGGCCCAGCUGCUCGCCGCGGCCACUCCAGGAAGUGCGACCUACGGACAGUGGCUGUCCAAGGACGAGGUCGACUCGUUCUCCGCUCCCACUGCGGAGACGACCGCCGCUGUGUCCGAGUGGCUUUCCUCGCACGGCCUGACGUCAACGACCCUCUCGCCCUCUGGUGACUGGAUCUCCGUCACCGUCCCCGUAUCCAAGGCGAACGAGCUGCUCGCCGCCAACUACCAUGUCUUCACGCACACCUCCAGCGGCACCGAGUCGAUCCGCACACUCGAGUACUCCAUCCCCGCGGCGCUAAAGGACCACAUCCGCGUCGUGACUCCCACAACGAGCUUCAGCGGCCCCCGUCCGCUUCCACCCGUGAUAUCUGUGGGAAACCCGAAGCCGCAGUCGCACGUGGUGCCGGUGUCCGACGCUGUCCCGGCGUCGUGCAAGAACACGAUGACGCCGACGUGCCUGCAGGCAAUGUACGCGAUCCCCACGACGCCCGCGACGAGCAAGGCCGGCUCGAUUGGUGUGGCCGGAUUCGGGGAUCAGUUUGCCAACAAGGCGGAUCUGACGCAGUUCCUCAAGGCACAGCGCCCUGACAUCAGCUCCACGACGUCGUUUGGCCUGACCUCGGUCGACGGCGGCACGAACUCACAGUCGUUGAGCCAGGCUGGCGUCGAAGCCAACUUGGACAUCCAGUACACCGUUGGCCUGGCAACUGGCGUCCCGGUCACAUUCGUCUCGGUGGGCACCACCAACAAGGACGGCGCGGAUGGAGGCUUCCUUGACAUCAUCACUGCGCUUAUCGCCGAGAGUGCCCCGCCUCAGGUCCUGACGACCAGCUACGGCUUCGACACCGAGGCAUCCCUCUCCAAGCCCCUGACGACUGCGAUGUGCAACUCCUACAUGCAGCUGACCGCUCGUGGUGUCUCCAUCUUGUUCGCGACUGGCGACGGUGGAGUUGCUUCGACUCCUGGUGUGUCGUGCUCUGGACGCGCGUUCCCCCCUACCUUCCCGACUUGCCCAUACGCCACUCUCGUCGGCGCCACCGCCGGUACUCCGGAAACUGGCGCUAGCCUCUCCGCUGGCGGUUUCUCCAACUACUUCCCCACCCAGUCUUGGCAACAAACCGCCGUCAGCGCGUAUAUCAAAUCGAUCGGCACCCAAUACGCGGGCAAAUACAACACAACCGGACGGGGGUACCCGGAUGUCUCGGCCAUCGGCCAGAGCGUGUCGAUUGUCGCGAGCGGCUCGACGGGCCUGGUCGACGGCACGUCCUGCUCCUCGCCCAUCUUCGCCUCCGUCAUCGGCCUGCUCAACGACCGUCUCCUGGCCGCCGGCAAGCCCGUACUCGGCUUCCUGAACCCGUGGCUGUACGCCAACCCGCAGAUGUUCAACGACAUCACGUCGGGCACCAACCCCGGCUGUGGCACGAACGGUUUCUCGGCCAAGGCGGGCUGGGACCCGGUCACCGGUCUUGGAUCGCCCAACUUCCCCGCUAUGCUGAAGGCGGCCGGCCUCUAGGUAGAGUUAUAUAAAUAGGCACUGAAUUGUGGAUUCUCUGUGUACACCGAGAGGUGUCUGUGUUGUCUUUUGAUCUGAGGCUCCGACAGUCCUGAUUCUUGGCGAGAAGCCCUCGUUGUGCGGGAUCGAGUGAUGGACGAUGGGGCCAUCGCAGCAAGACGAUCAAUCUCCGUCAUUGUUCCGCAUUCGUCCUGAAAUAGAGAUGACGACGCUCAUCAAAACCUUGUGAGCCUUGUUCUGGAGCCAAGCCUGCUGGGGUUCAGGACGGCCCAAAGCCAAAGUCGUGCUGACAGCAGCAAAUGACACACUUCC